AUGGCAGAUAAAAGAAACGAUGAUGAUGAUGAUUGGUCCUACUAUAUCAAAUUCUGGGAGGAAAUCAAAGGUGCUGCUAAUUCUGCUGCUGCUACUGCUGCUGCUGCUGGUCGCUUUCACAAACUGAAUGCAUUUGUUCUGAACCGUUUCUACGCCAUCGGUUUCGUGGCUUUCGCCACCAUCAUCGUCACCACCAGAGCAUCGUCAGUUAAUAUUUGUGAAGGUGUGGCCGAUAACAUCUUUGUCACGGACAUUUCGAACUGCUCCAAUUAUUUUCUCUGCGUCAAGGGCCAACCGAUCUCACAGCAAUGUCGGGACAAUUUGUACUUCAAUGCAGCUACACAAUCGUGUGUGGCAUCUAAAUCUGCCUGCUUGUCGUGUGACAAAAAUGUAUUGACGACGAUAGCAUUGAGCAAGACUUGCAACAAAUAUGUGCUCUGUUUCGCCGGUACUCCGCUAUUACAACAAUGCGCCGAUACUCUGCAUUUCAAUCCUAACUUGGGCGCCUGCGAUUUGGCGAAGAAUGUCGAUUGUGUUGCGAACUACUGCUCCAUUUACCAAAGCCGAGAUAAUAUUGUCUACGUACGCAGCCAGGCGGCGUGCGCAAAAUACUUCAUUUGUAUGAAUGGCGAGCCACAAAAUAAAACUUGCGUCAAUGGCUUGUACUUCAACACCGAUUGCAAUUGCUGCGAUUUACCUGCCAAGGCCAAUUGCACCAUAUCGAGCACCAAAUCACGCACGAUUCAAAUGGCUGCUAUGCUCGCUCCUCGCAUGGUUGACAUUAAAUGUCCUGCUGACGGCAUUCACUUUAUCGCCCAUCGUAACGCCAACCAGUACUUCAUGUGCGUAAAUGGUAAGGGUGCUCUCAUGAGUUGCGCAGCUAGUCUGUACUUUGACAAAGAACGUGGCGUUUGCCGCCGUCAAGAAGACAUCCUCCGGAAGCAUUAGUUUUCUUGUCUUUUAAUAAAUCUAAUUGGUUACGUACAUGCAUA